AUGGCAUACUUAAUUAUAUCUUCAUCUGACUGUAUAGGAAGUAGCCACUAUCGUGAGAAGUUCAACUUGGCUAAUAAUUCACGAAAUAAGAAAUUGUCAUCUGAAGUUGGAAAGAGAGAUUUUCAGAUUAAGAAAUUGGAAGCUAUGCUCAAUAGAGCAGAUAAAUUCUAUGAGAAUGGAAGUUAUAUCAAAGCAAUAGAUGAGUACACACAAGUGGAUCAAAUCGAUAACAGAAAGGAAAACCUUAUUGAUAAAAACGACUUGAUGGAAGUUAAAUUCAGGACUACAGCUGGUAUGAUGGCGUGCCACUUUCAAUUAUAUGAAUUAGAUAAGGCGAAUAAAUAUUUUACUACUGCCGUGUCAUAUGCUGAAGAUAUUUGUGAAAGAUCUUUAAUUGCUAAAUGUUAUAAUAUAAAAGCUAACAUCUGCAUAAGAGAAGAAAAGUACGAUGAAGCUUUAAACUAUUGUGAUAAAGCAAUUACUUACUUAGAUCAAAAAGAGGGAUUGACGUUGUAUACUAUAAUCGAACAUGAUGCGGCUAAAGUACUUAUUUUGCAACAUAAAUAUGAGCAGGCUUGGAAUAUAUAUAUACAAUCUCUUCAAUCCCAGCUAAAAAGCAUAUCACCUCUCAUGAAGAAAGACUCUAAGCGUAGCGAAUGUCUUGAUUUAGUCCAUUCAGAUCAGCUUAUAAGUGAAAAGAAUCUAAGUAAUCAAUUGAACAAAGUGGAAAAUUGUCUACGAGAGAAAGAAAAAAAAAGACUAUUUCUGGCUUUGUUGUACGAUACUGCUGGCAAUAUAUUUUAUUUGCAGAGUAAUUAUCGAGUAGCUAUAAUCCAAUACCUAAAAUCAUACAGAAUAAAAGAGAAGAUACUCAAAAGUCAAGAUUAUUUAUUACUAAUCUCCAACGAAUAUUUAAGCAAGGCUUACUUUGCUUCUGAUCAAUUAGAUGAUGCUGAGAAGCAUUACAAGUUCUUAACACCUGAAGAAAAUUGCAAAGGAAGAAAUGAUUACUGUGAAAGAUUUAAGGCAAAAUUAAAAAAUGUAUUAGGGGAAAUAUGUUUCAAGAAAGGUGAAUAUGACACUUCAAUAUCGUAUUAUGAAUAUAGCAAAACAUUUUACUCAUCUUCCGAUAGAUCUGAGCAUGAAGUUGAAUUAAGUAAAACUUUGUAUGGGAUUGGUAGAGUUUAUCUAGCAAAAGGGGAAUUUAAGCAAGCCUUGAGUAUGUUUGAAAAAUCCUUGAAAAUUCAAAUUACCAUCUCUGGACAUCGCGGUAUACUUGGGGCGGAUACUAUGGAUAGCAUAGCAGAAGUAUACGAGAAACAAAAUCAAUUAGAAGAAGCUCAAGAAUGGUACGAGACGAGUUUUAUUCUUCGGGAAAGAGUUUGCCAAUCGAAUAAUUUAGACCUUGUAAGCUCUUAUUAUAGUGAGACAAGGCUAGAAAAAUAUCGACGUAGCGAUGAUAAAAUGUUAGGCUCAGAAAAGUAUAUGACAGAAAAAGAUUCUUUACGACAAGAUCAAGCCAGAAUUUACGAACAAAUUGGCAAAAUGUUAGGAUUAUUUUCAGACUAUCUUAGUUCACAGAAAAUGUACCAAAAGGCUUUAGAUAUGCAAAAUAGUUUAAGUGAAAAAAAUCAAAUAAAUGUUUCUAGAUUGACAAGACUAAUCGAUAAAAUAGCAGAAAAGUUAAAAUGUGAGGCAAAUAACAAUUGCAGGACCCUUAAUCAUUGCAAUGAACAGCCAGAGAACCCGCCAUAUCAACCAGCACUAUCAUCGACAAGACUAACUAACAGAGCGAUAGAUAGUAAUAAUGCAAAUGACGGAAAAAUCAUAGAAGAUUCCAUGGCUAACGGUACAAAAAUUCAAGCGUAUAGGGAAAGUGAAGACAAAGGCUAUUCGCAGCAAAUGGCAAAUCGUAUAACAUUUAUAUCAUUAAAGACAAAAGGCAAAUACCAUCCUAGUAAGGUACCUGAACAAUUGGCAACUUCAUCAUCAUCAGAUCAUAGCCAGAGUGAAUUAUCCGAGCAAAAAACUACUGCAAGGAAAUCCGCCAAUGUGGAAGUUAGGGACAAAAGCUCUAUUUUAAUCAUAGCUAGGACAGCGAUAAGAGAAUUUAAAGAAGCCUUUGAAACAGCGCUUGAUCGUGGUGAAUUUUCAAAUAACUUUGCGAAUAUAAUGCUUAUUGGACCAAAUCAUGAAGACAAAUCUUUUAUAUAUAAAUUACUAACUAAACAACCUGAAAGUUCUCCUAAUGCUACUCCGGUGUUAAUCAACUUGGAUACCAUAAAACAAGCAAGUAAUUCGGACGAAAAAAUUAUUUUGGACAGACAAUCUUUCAUCGAUAGUAAAGUAUUAUCAGUCAUAGAAAAGCAGGGGAAUAUAUCACCAAACCCUGAAUUACAAAGAAUUUUUUCUUCUACUCUUGAAAUAGGCAACAAUCAGCCUAGUGAUAAAAGUAGAAUUGCCAUUUCUAGUAGUAAUAAAAUUAUAGUUGACAACAUCGAUAUAGACUAUCCCGUUAAUAAUAAUGAUAACGAAAUCACCACAGCUAGUGACAAUAUUAUCAGCCUGCUUAAUGAAACUACUAAAAGUUUAUCUUCACCGUCUUUCUCGCGAUGUUUCCAGAAAUUCCAUCAGAGUCGUAAAUAUUACCAUGAUAAUCAGUUUGCUAAAAUUUGGAAUUUUAACAAUCACGCUUACUAUCAACCCUUCAAAUUUCAGCAUAAUGUUUACAUUGCUCCUUUUGAUGUCAGCAUCAAACUGGAUAAAAUUGUCAGUAGUGAUUACGGUGUUGGUCGCCAUGAUUAUAUGACUUCAUUUCAGGAAUGGCUGAUUAAUGCAAUUGAUUGGAAUACAAAAGAGAAUCAGUUAUAUAUUAGCAUUGAUAGUCAAGAGGACGAAAUUCCAUUGCCAAUCAUUCUAUUUGUUGCCACUAAUAGCGAUGAUAAAUUAACAGAAGAAGCGCAGUGGACUAGACGAAGUCAAUUUAUGGAUGAGUUGGAUAUGAAAAUGCCACAGUAUAAAUCACACUUUUAUUCUCCGGAAAUAAUAAUCAAUACAGUUGGUGGAAAUCAGAGUAAAGAUUUAGAGGAGACGGUCAAUAGCAGUAGCUGGAACAAAUUAUGCGAAAAAAUUCAAAAUUGUAUCCUAGACGUUCCGUUCUUCAAACAGAAAAUUAAACUUAAAUGGUACAUAAUGGCGGAAUUAUUCGAUAAUCCUAUACUAGUAUCUGAUAGGAUUAUUAGCCAUUCUCAAGAUAAGCAGAAUUCCACCGGUAUGCAAUAUAUUCAGACACUAGAACAAGUUUACGCUAAAGCUAGAAACCGGAUGGAGCAGAGUGAGAUUAUAAACGUUCUAAAAUUUUUACACGGCAUAGGAGAAAUAAUAUUUAGUCAAUACUGUGAGACUGAUAGUCUUAUAGUUACAGAAUUAAGUUGGUUUUACGAUAACUUUCGCAAAAUUUCUACAUUGGUCGAUAAUUAUAAGCAACGUCAUCUUGCCAGUAGUAGCAAGAGCAGGGAAUAUUGCAAAUGGGCUAGGGAUUAUGGAAUCGUUACUAAAGCCUCAGUAAAGUGUGCAAUAAGUCAUGAAGCAUUAAUGGAAGAAGAUAUUGAUUCUCUGCUACAAGUAAUGGAACGAAAUCGUUUAAUUUACAAAGCUUCAAGAAAUCUGGAGGACAUAAAAGCUAGUAUGAAUGAACAGUAUUUUUUUCCUCAUUUGUUAUCAUCACGUAAGAAAGAAGCAGACAGCGAAUUAAGAUACGGAUUUCAAUCACCUUGGCUUUAUCUCGGUUUCGAUAAAAACUCACCUCUAUAUAUUACAGAUCAAAUCUUUCAUCAGUUUUUACUGUCAUCCCAAUCAGAAUUGGAUGUUGAAUUAUAUUAUCAUAGUGCUAAGUAUUUACCAAAACAUCGUAAUUAUACUAUUAUAGUGGAAAAGAGCGGAUCACAUAUUAGAAUUCAGUAUUACUAUGAAACUGUAGAUGAAUCGAAAGAAGAUGACCAGAUUACACUGGAAGAAAUUUCAAAACUAUUAAGUAACGAUCAAUUACAUGUUUAUUUUAAAACAAUGUUAUCGAAAAUUGUGAAAGAUGUUCACCCUGAACGACAAGAAAUUGACUGUGGAUAUUUUUUUCCUUGCCUAAAAUGUGAUCAAUUGAUCCCUUUUCCUAUUUAUGUUGAAGAGCAAAUAAUCACAUGCACUAACGUUAAAUGCCUUGCCAAACCUAAGUUAGCCGAUAUGAAAGCCUGGAAUUCAGUAUUAUUUUCGUCGCGUUUGCCUUGUAACGACAUCAAAUCAACUUUAUUGAAUCAAGAAAGCACUUCUCCUGAUCCAUCAACAUUAUCAACAUGUGAUGCAGAAGAUACUGCUAAAUCGUCGGCUGAUAGAGAAGACGAAAAUCAGUCUGAUUACGAUUCCAUCGCUGACAGCUCUUUACAGCAAAAUAGCGGCGAAAAUUUAAAAUCAACAUCACCAUUUUGUGGUACUAAAAGGAAGCGAAAUCAGCUUGAUUCUUCAUCAGAGGAUUCCAAGGCAGCUCGUGGACGAUUAGACUCCACGAAUGAGUAUUGUCGUGCAGAAUUUGAAAGAAAAAAUUCAUAUGACGAAACAAGGCAAACUUUGCGACGCGAGUUUGUCUUAAUUCCGGCAGAAGCUGAGAAUAUAAAUGGAAAACAAAAUACAACUUAUCGAUCUGAGGCUUUAAGGGAGGAUUGUUGGAGAUUUCUAAAGGAUUCCAAGCCAUCUCUUGAACGAUUAGAUUCCACGAAUGAUGAAAAUCCUUAUAGUCCACACUCUUUUUGCGGCGCAACUCGGCUUGCACUAGAGUAUUGUCGUAAAGAUUUUGAGAGAAAAAAUCCAUAUGACGAAAUCAAGCAAAUUUUACGACGCGAGAGUGUCUUAACAUCGGCAAAAAUUGAGAAUAUAAAUGGAAUGCAAAAUCCAGCUGAUCGAUCUGUAGCUUUAAUGGAAAUCCUUUUAACUCGUGACGAUUACGAUUUUUUAGUAGUUUGUGACGCAUUAGAAAUAUCCCCUGCACGUUCAUUAAACACUUUAGGAAAAAGAAUGAAACGUAAGUUCGAAGAAUUCAAGUGUUGA